GCUAGUGGAGCCCGGACCUCCUUCCUCUUUCAACUUCUUCGCGAUCGAGAUUGGAGCUCCGGUUAUAUCAAUAUUUGUUUACAAGUUAUUAUCAAGUUAUUUAACCGCAAUCAUUAAAAUAUUUGUUAUAUAUUUUAUUAUACCAUUAUCAUUAUGGAAUCAACAUCUUAUGCUGCAAGUAUUUCUGUCGACCAAGAAGGUGACAGUGAUACUUCAAGAACUUCUGUGGUUGACGAUACCAUAGCAUACGACACGCCACAUGGCAAGAGAAAGGCUGCUGAUCAGCUUGAGAGCGAUCAGUAUAAGCGCUUUAAAAUCACUAGGGAAGAGGAUAUCCACAAGUGGUCUCUUCCUAAUGAUUUAGCCUCUUAUGCAAACGAUGCAUCCGAGGAAUUCAUCCCAGAGAAAGAACUAAAGGAGCAAGUGCUGUUGGAGGCUCCCCGACCAGUGAACUUGGAUCCGAUAAAGGUUUUGGACGAGGCUUUAUCCAACAAUCUAAAAAAGGAUCAUCCACAAAGCCUCGAAAUGGAUCGAGUGCUCAAAAAAGUUCAGGAAAAGGUGGGUGAUAUAAUGGGCCCACUAUCCAAAGUUUGGAUGAUGGUGGAGCAGGUACGAACUGCUGGAGAUGAGGAAAAUCUUCCCCCUCCUGAAGAAGUAGCUUCAGCGGUAGAAAAAACAGUAACAAUGGUGGGUCAAUGUAUCAACAUUUUAACGUAUGAGCGUCGAAAGAACAUCUUAUCCGCUACAGCAAACCUUUCAGCUGCACAAGCAUCAACAACAUUAAAAGAGAAAGCCUCGCUGCUACAACUUCAUGAUGAUGAACUGUUUGGGAAGAAAUACCGCGAACACAUGGCUGAUUUAAACAAGACAAUUAAGCAAGAUGUUAUGGUUACAGCCGAGAAAAUUUCAACCAGCAAUAGAAGGUGGCCAAAGAAGCAGCCCUUUCUUGGUGGCCCCUCCCAUUCAAAAAAGAACGGUGGGGGGCAUUCCAGCUACAAACCAAGGCAACCAUAUUAUAAAGGUAUCUACUUUUCUACAACUAGAAAAGGAUCCUUUUCUCAACAAUCAAAAGUUGCAACCACUUCCACAAAUCGAAAAUUGGGUGAACUUGGAGGAUCUUACUCAAGUUCACCCUGCCAUAAAAAAUCUGUUCUCAGGGUGGCAGAUCCCAAUUGUACCCUUAGCAGGACGCCUAAAACAUUUUCUUCCUGCUUGGAAAAAGUUAACACAGGACAAAGAUAUCCUGUCAGUCAUACAAGGGUUCAAAAUACCCCUUAUUUCGAAGCCAACACAGGCAAUAAUACCUCAUUCUCCUGUUCGAAAUCUAAUAGACAAAAAGUUAAUAGAUGGGGAAGUGGCAGACAUGUUGAGAAAAGGAGCCAUUUCGAAAGUAGCUCCCACAGAGGGGCAGUUUCUAAGCAAUCUGUUUUUAGUAAAAAAGAAAGAUGGAGGAAAUCGACCAGUAAUAAACCUCAAGCAUUUAAACAAAUUUGUUCCUUACGAACACUUCAAAAUGGAGGGUUUGCACUCACUGAAAUUCCUAUUAAACAAAGGCGAUUGGAUGUGCAAGUUGGAUCUGAAAGAUGCCUAUUUCAGUGUUCCACUGCACAAUUUCUCCAGAAAAUUUGUGAGGUUCGAGUGGUCAGGCAACCUAUACGAAUUCCUCUGUCUUUGUUUUGGCUUGGCUCCAGCUCCACGGAUUUUUACGAAGUUAUUGAAAAUUCCCAUGGCAGUCCUUCGUCGUUUAAUGAUAAGAAUUGUAAUUUACUUAGACGACAUGUUAAUUUUGGGACGGUCCAGAGAGGAGGUCCUUAUGGCACGAGACACAUUGAUUUUUCUGUUACAAAAUCUGGGCUUUUUAAUAAAUUUGAAAAAGUCUGUCUUGGAGCCAACCCAGAAAAUAGAGUUCUUGGGAAUGUCUGUGGAUUCAGUAACCAUGUCUCUUUAUCUAACAAGGGAGAAAGUUACCAAAAUACAGACGCAGUGCUUGAGUUUGUACAAGACAAGAAAAGCCACUAUUCUGGAGCUAACUCAAUUAAUAGGGGUUCUGUCUUCCACCAUACAAGCAGUUCUUCCGGCUCGUCUAGAGUUUCGUUUUCUACAACAGCAACAAAUUCAAAGUCUAAAAGUAUCGAAAUCUUAUGCCACCCUAGUGCAUUUAAAAAGGGAAUCUCUGGAAGAACUUCUAUGGUGGGUGAACAAUCUAAAAUUGUACAAUGGGCGUUCCCUUAUGCAACCUCAAGCACAAAGUUUGUUACAGACAGAUGCUUCCCUAAAAGGUUGGGGAGCAGUUUGUCAAGAGACCAGGACAGGAGGCAUGUGGUCCCAGACGGAACAGAUUCUUCAUAUAAAUGUUUUGGAAUUGCUUGCAAUCAAAUUAGCACUUCUGUCUUUUCACAAAAUGAAACAAUUUGCAUCAGUUCACAUUCAGACAGACAACAUGACAGCUUUGUCUUACCUUCUCAAAAUGGGAGGAACAAAAAAUUUAACUAUGAUAAAAAUAGCCAAGGAAAUUUGGGCUUUCCUAUUACUCCACAAGAUCACGAUUACUGCAGAGUACCUCCCAGGUUGUCUAAAUAUCAAGGCGGACUGGGAGUCUCGACAUACCCAGGACUCAGCAGAAUGGAAGCUUUGUCCUGUGGUUUUCAAAACAAUUUGUCAGAGAAUAGGAUAUCCCAAAUUGGAUCUGUUUGCCUCCCGUCUAUCACAUCAACUUCCAAUGUAUUAUUCUUGGAAGCUGGACCCUCACAGUCUGGGUACAGAUGCAUUUCACCAAAAGUGGAAUCAAAAGUGUCUUUAUGCAUUUCCUCCUUUUGCUCUGAUCCACAGAGUUCUAAAAAAAGUAGAAGAGGAACAGGUUCAUUUUCUGAUUUUGAUCACACCAACAUGGCAGUCACAAACAUGGUAUCCCGAAGUGUUACGUCUGUCAGUGAGAAAUCCCUUUCUUCUUCCUAUGCAGAGAAAUCUUUUACAAAAUCCAAAAAUGGAAAACCACCCCAUGGUAGUGACAGGGGCUCUACGGUUAGCUGCUUGGAUAGUUUCAGGGGAAAACUCCUUGAGGAAGGAAUUUCACCAGAGGCUUCCAAUCUUAUCAUUGCUUCCAGAAGAAAGGGUACUAAUGCAAAUUAUUCAUCGUCCUGGAAUAAGUGGGCUAGCUGGUGUGGUCAAAAACAGGUUGAUCCAUUUCAAUGCCCUAUAAAUUUUGUAAUAAAUUAUUUAGGGGAGUUAUUCAAAAAGGGUUAUGAAUAUAGAACUAUUUGUUCCCAUAGAUCAGCCAUUUCAGCCUUUCACGAUAAGAUUCAAGGAAGGCCUAUAGGAGAACACCCUAAAGUUAUUUCUCUUAUAUCAGGUGUUUUUAAUGAAAAGCCUCCUCAACCAAAGCACACUUUUAUUUGGGAUGUUCAGGUGGUCAUAGAUUACAUUAAACAAAAAUUUAAAGAUAACAGACAAAUAUCUAUAAGAUCUUUGUCUUUAAAACUUACAAUGCUGUUAGCUUUAACUUCAGCUUCUAGGGUGUUGGGUAUUCAUAAUCUGGAUAUAAAAUUUAUGACUAAGACUAAUGAUCAAUAUACGUUUACUUUUAAUAAACUCCAUAAGUCGUGGAGACAAGGACAACCAAAUCCAUCUAUUGUUUUUGUCAGUUAUCCAGAAGAUGAAGACCUUUGUGUGUUUAAUGCAUUGACCGUUUAUUUAGAACGCACCAGUGAAUGGAGGAAUGCAAGUGGUGCUUCACAGUUAUUAAUUAGUACUAUUAGUCCUCAUAAGGGUGUGGUCAGCUCUACAAUAGCUGGCUGGAUUAAAACCGUGCUAAAGGAGGCAGGGAUUGAUACUACUAAGUUUUCUGCCCAUUCUACCAGAUCAGCUUCAACAUCAAAAGCAGAACUAUCAGGACUCUCUGUAAAGGAUAUUCUAGAGAGAGGGUCAUGGUCUAAGGAAUCCACAUGGCAACGUUUUUAUAGAAAGGAAAUUUGUUCUAAUGCCAAAUACAAAAACUUUCAGAAUUCUGUUUUUAAGAGGGGCCAAAACGCUACGAACUGAGGAAGGAGGUCCGGGCUCCACUAGCUUUGUGUAGUGGAGCCGGUUGGGUUGUAAGAAUCCAGUAUUAGAUCUUCUUUCGAUUUUAUUCAUAAAAUCCGAAUUACAUUGCGGGCGCUUCGCGCCCUUACGUAAUUCUUCAAUUUAAAGCUUUGUAAUAUUGUCUCGUUUAAUAUGCUUAAAUGUCACUGCAGCCCACGUGAAUUUAUCUUCAAGAAAAGGUUUGUUUUUCUUUGUCCAAGUUGUUUCGAAACUUGUUAACAGUAAGUAGAAGGAUUACUUAUAUUUUAUAUGAAAUUAAACUCAGAACGGUUUAUGGCGUUGAUCCAAAGGCCGCAAUUUAUAAAUGCAUCACAAUUUAAAGUCAAUCAAGAACAGAACAUUCCCUGUAUGGCCAUGACUAAAACUGCUUGCAUUUUGUUGGUCUUCCCUUGCCGAUGGUCUGGCUUGUCGUAAUAGCUUUAAUGAUGUAGCUAGGGAGCUAAAUACUUAUUUUUAAAUUCUUGCAUUUUAUAAGUUAAUAGUCGUAAAACUACUCUCACUUGUACUACAGCUAUCAAACUAGAACUGCACAAAAUAGUGCUUUCAUUAGAGUCCCUUUUUUCAGAAGCAACAAAAAACUUUUAUCCUGCCCUGUGUAAUUUUAUCAACGAGGGUGCUGAUAAGCCACAUACACCGUAAAAAGUAUAGGCGUUUUGGGUGAGUAAAAUAACUUCUAAAGGAACCUUUGUGAGGCUGCUAUCAUGUAUUCUUGCGGUCAGAAUGUUCUCCUUCGUUGCUAUCCGAUGGAGAACAAAGUGGACUUUUCACGGUCAAACCUUCAAAGUAGCAACCUUACUUAAACAGAAUUUACAAGUAAAACGUCGUUAAAAUGUCGCAAAAUGGCAAAAAUUAAGCAGUAUCUAAAACAUAUUAAAGAUUUGACUAAAAAAAAAGAAUUCCUUGAAAAAUCCAGUAUUGUAUAUAUGAAGAUUUCACCACAAAAACAUUAAUUACGGCAUUUGUACCCCAUUUCAUAAUGGCUGCCCGUGAUUGGUUGACACGAAUCCGACCGCAAGAAUAUAUAUAAAAAGAUAUUUGUUGAAUCAUGAAAAAAUAUUGUUGUUCAUUGCACGGAACAGUCAAGUUGAACUGAUAAAUUAACCAAUAACAUAACAUAGUUAGCCCUUGCAGUACAACUAGACGCUACCCACAGUAUGUUACAGGUUUCUUUGUUUUCUUCCCUUUUUCAUGUUUUUUCUUGAAAUUAUAAAUGAUGUUGAUUUAUCAAAUCUGACAAAUUUAUUAAUUGAGUGUCUACCCUUUUUUGUAUCAAUUUGUUGAAUUCAAUUCGAAAACAAUGACCAAUCAAUUUCCUCGAUAAUAAACAAUCAAAUUUGUAAAAUUCAAUAAAUCGAUUUCAACAAAAUAAGUCCUGUAUUGUCCACAGGUUUGAAAAUCUUGUAUCGCCUGCUUAAUAUUAUACUUGUUUAACAAUGAUAUCAAAGCCAGCUUGACUAAAUUUAUAUAUAUAUUUUUAUUUAUAUAGUAUACCUUUUGUGUAUCACGUGGCAUUGAUUUGUAUCUUUUUAAUAAAUUCUAACUUUAAAUCAGAUAAGUAGACAAUAAUUAAACAACCUAGUAUUAAUUCAGUUCUGGUAAAAUUGUAUUCUUCUUUCUCAAUUUUAAAUAUACUUUCUUUUUCAGAUCAUUUGUUAUCAAACCAUGCACCAUCAGCAGUUUCGAAAAAUCUUCAACGAGAGAAAUGUUUAAGGAUUUUAUUGGUAACUUAACAGAGUAAUAAUUCAUUGAAAUUGAAAUUGUUCAGAAGUUAUUAUAUAUAUUUCGAAUCGUGAAGUUCAUACAUAGCAAUCCUGCAUCCUGGAAUUUUCGAGAUCAGUUAUAAAAAAAUCCAGUUAAAGUUUUAACUAUUGUUUUAGAAUAUAUACUAUAUAUAUGUAAAAAAAAAAUUAUUUUUUAUUUAUCAAGUUGUAUUUUACGUUAAUUACAAUAAUAAUUGAGAAUUAGGAUA